AUGGAGCAUAAUCACAUAUACAACAGUUCCCUUCUGUCUCUGAAGAAUGGAUGUGGGUUGGGAUAUGUACCAGUUAUUUAUUAUAGUGUGCUGCUUUGCUUAGGAUUGCCAGCCAACAUCCUGACCGUAAUCAUACUAUCACAGUUAGUGGCUCGCAGGCAGAAAUCCUCCUAUAACUAUCUCCUGGCUUUGGCGGCGGCUGACAUAAUGGUUCUCUUCUUCAUCGUCUUUGUUGAUUUCUUGCUGGAAGAUUUUAUCUUGAACAAGCAGAUGCCUCAGAUACUCAAUAAAGUCAUUGAAGUCUUGGAGUUUUCUUCCAUCCAUACAUCAAUUUGGAUUACUGUCCCUUUGACGAUCGAUAGAUACAUAGCAGUAUGCCAUCCAUUGAAAUAUCACACUGUAUCGUUUCCUGCACGUACACGGAAAGUUAUCGUAAGUGUUUAUAUCACAUGUUUUUUGACUAGUAUCCCAUACUACUGGUGGCCAAAUAUUUGGAUUGAGGAUUACACAAGCACAUCAGUUCAUCAUAUCCUCAUUUGGAUCCAUUGUUUUACGGUUUACCUUGUGCCCUGUUCUAUAUUCUUUAUCCUAAACUCAAUUAUUGUGUACAAGCUAAGAAGAAAAAGCAAUUUUCGAUUAAGAGGAUACUCCACUGGGAAAACCACUGCCAUUUUGUUUACAAUUACAUCUAUUUUUGCCAUUCUUUGGGCACCAAGAAUUAUCAUGAUACUUUAUCACCUUUAUGUAUCUCCAAUUGAUAACAGCUGGCUAGUUCAUAUUGUGACAGAUGUUGCUAACAUGCUAGCCUUGUUGAACACUGCAAUUAAUUUCUUCCUAUACUGUUUUAUAAGCAAAAGGUUUCGUACAAUGGCAGCUGGGACAUUGAAGGCAUUUUUCAAGUGCCAGAAACAGCCAGUUCAGUUUUACACCAACUAUAAUUUUUCUAUAACCAGUAGCCCAUGGAUUUCACCUGCUAAUUCUCAUUGUAUUAAAAUGUUUGUUUACCAAUAUGAUAAAAACGGAAAGCCGGUGAAGAUCUCACCUUGAAAUUUAGGUACUGAAUGAUUUGGGUAUCAAUUCAUUUAUAAUGUUUGAGGAUUACAUUUGAAUGUAGGUAUUUUUUGAAGGUCGACUGAUUGAAGGGUGUUGAAGACUGAAAGUGCAAGUGGUUAGUAAGAGCAAUGACAAGAAUGGUGUCAUAGGCCAUACGCUAAUUGUCCUCUAGAAGUCGAAUGUUUCUCAGCAGAAAU